GUUUCCUGUUUGCCAUAUUUCUAGUUCUACCCUACAAAAAUAGGAUUUCUAAUUCAAAAACGUUAAUUAGGCUUUUGAUGAUAAUCAAUGUCAAAUAGUUUAAUAAUAAUUAAUAUUAUUUGUUUCAUAUGUACUUAUUAAGGUGCGUAUAAAUAAAUUCCGUGCUCUAUUACGUCGUUCAGUAAAUUUUCAACAUUGUGAUAUGAAGAGAAAGAGUGAUACAGCUUUAAAUCUGUAGAUAUGGAUGAAAGGAAAUCUGAACUACAGUCGAGUUGUAACCGGUUGUAACUUAACCGUGCAACGUGAAAACAUCGAAGCUCUGCAGGCUUCAGACAUAGAAGCAUUUCUGAAUAAGAAGAAACAAAUGGGUGAUAGUAGUAAAGGUAUUACUAAAUACGUUGUUACAUCACCAAUAAAGUUCUCCGUUAAUGUGAAAGUAGAAAAAUGUGAUGUUGAUUCUGAGAAUAAAAAUGAACCAGUUAAAGUUGUUAAUAAUGGCGCCACAACCAGCAUGGAUGAAUGUGGUAUUAAUAUAUCAGAAUCUAUGGGAAUAGACACAGAGGACACUGGUAGAAAAUAUACAAUAAGGAAGAUUUUAGCAAGAAAUGAAAAGGGAAUAAAUAGUGGACUAGCGCCUGUAACACAGUAUACUUUAACAAGAACUUCGAUACUGAAAGCAGUUGAGGAGCAAGCGAAAGAGAAUACUAGUUUAGCCGACAAAUACCUAGAUAUAGCUAUUAGGAAUUUUUAUGGUGAAUUUAGAGAUACUCCAAAAACAUUUCAUGAAAAGCUUAUCUAUGAUGCAUUUGAAAGAUGGAAAGAUUGGUAUGAGACAUGUCCUGGUUUUAGAGAUUCACCUUUGUUGUACAUGUGUUAUAUUUGCAAAAUGGGCUGGUGGAGACUGCACCCAUUUCGAGAACAUAUAAAGAGCCACGGUGAAAACACAUUUAAAAUCAGAACUUUACCAAGAGAUCACGAGUUUUAUGUGGGAGCAUUUUCUGACCGGGUGCUUAAACCUAUGGACCUAAAAAUUUUUUUAAACUGUAUGAAAUGUGGUAGAUCGGCCAAAUUUCAUAACUUCAGACGUCGGACGGCAAAAUAUAAGUGUGAAGGUUGCAAUGUUGUAUUUUUUACAUGCAAUAAACUCGUUGAACACGAGGGUGUGUGCGUGUUAUACAUGAAAAUGAAAUGUGACGAAUUACGAGUAGAGAUGACAAGUGAUUUAAAAACAUGUCCAGUGUGUUUCCGAUACUGUCUAACUCAAACAGAGCUUGACAACCAUAUGAUUGACCGACAUUCAGUACAUUCAGAUGAUCCAAUUUUAAUGCAAGCAAAGUUAUGCGGUGCUUGCAAUACGAAGUAUCAUAUUUACAAAUUUCAUGACUGUCCAGGAAGAUAUAAAAAUAUAAAGUGUGACCAUUGCUUUAGAAAAUUCAUUACAAAGGCCUUUCAGUACAUGCACAUGCAAUUCUCUAAGAAAAUUGUCACAUGUACAAUUUGUAAUAAGUCUAUCCAUCAGUGUGUGCUUUUGGAGCAUAUGUUACAUCAUUCUAAGAAUUAUAUGCUUGUGCCCUGGUGUAGUAAAUGUACUAAUAAUUUAUUACACAUUAGAAGAUCCUUUUAUAACAAUCAUAUGAAAAGUCAUGGGAGAUGGAUCGACAAAAAGAGAUGGGGUGCUAAGAUGUUACUACCUACGAAAUGCAUUACUGGAGAGAUUGUUCACUCGGAAACAGUUGUUAAUAUUCCUGAGAAAAAUUUAGAAGUUUUUAUGAAUGGAUUGGAAGAUGAUGAAAGUAAUUCCAAAGAAGACGAUGAUGACGUUAUAAUCUUAGAUGAUGGUGGGCCUUUGCCAGUUGUUCCAAAAAAAAAUGAAGGAUGCGAUAUAUAUACACUGCAAGCACAAUUAGAUGCUGAAAUACAAAAAGAUGUUGAAAUGGAGGCAGCCAUAUCUAAAGUUUUUAAAGCGUCCAAUUGCUAUCAGAGGUUCUUGGAAAAGGAAACAGAAGAACCUUUGGAGGAUAAUCUGUAUGAUGAUGAUGAUGACCUUAUUCUUCUAACCAACCCUGAUGAAGUUACAAUAAUAUCAGAUUCAGAAGACGACAAUAAGAAUGAGGACUCUAAAGAAAGAGAAAAAGCUAAUACAAAUCGUAAUACGAAAGUGAAGGAAGAGCCAAAAGAUGAUACAAAUAUUUUAUGUGGGAAAGAUGGUACAAUAGAAGCACAUCCAGAACAUACCGCAAAAGUUGACACUUUGAUUGCAAAAGAUAAUUCUGUAAUAGAAAAUUAUGAUGUGAUGAAAGAAUCUCAUUCAGGUCAAUCAAUUAAUGUCAAAAGAGAAAAAGAAGAUGAUACGAUAUAUCUACAGAACGAGGAUCGUAAUACGGAACUAAGAAAUAACUUGAAAGACAAACUAAAACAUGAUAAUAUUAGGGUGUCGUGUUCAGGCAAUGGCACAUAUGCGCCACAUCAAGACGAAGAUAGCAGUUUGAGGCAGAGUAUAGAAAUAAAAGAAGAACCAGCAGGCGAUUCAUGUCCACAAGAUGCAGAAUUUUAUUUUCAUUACAGUCCUGAAGUGAAAUUGGAAUCAGAAGACGAAAUAAUUACGUCACAUUCAAGUGAUGUUUCAAAUGCGUCAUGUCCACAAGACGUAGAAUCUAAUUUGAAUCAUACAACUGAAGUGAAAGAAGAACCAACGGAUGAUGUAGUUAUGUUUUAUCCAAGUGAUGAAAAUGCGUUAUAUCCACAAGAGGUACAUUAUGAUAAGGUUAAUAAAAUCGGGUUGAUAAAUCCAGUACGUGAUGCCGCGUUAUCGUGUAGUAAAGAUAAGCGGCCAGCAAAGAACAAACGUUCAGAAAACUUAAAAAGUGAUAUUGUCACAGGAGAAGAGCUCGUAUCAGAUAAGGAGGAAUCAGGAGAAAUCCUCUAUGCAUGUAAAAAGUGUCAGUUUCGAGGUAGCUACAAUGAAUAUAUUGAACACAUAACUUCAAGUUGUGUGGCUAUGUCUUUUUAUUGUUCGACUUGUACUACAACCUUUCCGACUUUAAAACUUUACGCGCUACAUUUAACUCAGCAUAAUUACAGUUUUUUAACAUGUCCCAUAUGCAAACAGCAGUUUAAGGAGGUCUCGAGGUUGUGCACACAUAUAAAGUUUCACUUGAGAAACCUUUACAUGAAGACACAAGAUGUUCGAAACAUGGAUCUACCACCCUCACAAAAGAAUGAUAUCCUUCAGUGUAUUGAAUGCAGGGAAAUUAUUAAAUCGGAACAAAUCUUUAUUCACUGGGAUUUGCAUUUGAAAAUGAAAAAUGACAAGGAAACGGCAGAUGAUGAUGAGGAUAGUGCUGACGAGGCAGAAAUGAACUCUAAAGUUACAAAAAAAGUCAUAGAUAUGCUCCUAAUAAAGGAAAAAAGGAAUAUGGUGAGGUUAUGCAUUGUCUGUAACAAAACAUUUUCUAGAAGAAACGAAUGCAAGCGGCAUUUGAUCAUGCACCUUCUCCAUCAAGCAUUAAGGUCUAAAAUAAAAACUAAUAACCAGUUGCGAUGCCAGCUCUGUAGUGCUGACCAGAACAGUCUAGCUCAAUAUAAGGAGCACAUGAGGGGGCAUGCUUCAAUGACCUUAUAUAAAUGCCAAAUUUGCGCCAAAACCUUCAGUGACUCCAGCAACUGUUCCAAACACAUGAAAGUACACAAUCUCUAUUCAUUUAUCUGUGACAAGUGCGGUGGGAAAUUUCGCUCGAAGAUGUUCCUAAUCAAACAUUUGCAAUUGCACGAAUCUCGCCCGCCCGCCACUUGUCCGCAGUGUGACAUGUCAUUUUGUACCGAAUCAAAGUUGAAAAGGCACUAUAGAUUAAAACACAUGCGCGGAUGCUCGACGUUUCUUUGUAUUAUAUGCAAGAAGAGGUUCGGGAGUUUGAAAGACAAAUGGGACCACAUGUGGCUGGAACACCAAGAGAGGAAGAUCGCAGCGGACUGCCCUUUAUGCAACAUGGAGUUCAGAAAAUUCAGAGACGUCAAGCAGCAUAUGAAGGCGGUACAUUCGUUAGACUUAAGACCUAGUACUCUUGCAGACAAAUUAGCCAAGCUAAAGAGAGACUAUGAAUGAAUAAAGUUGAUGGAACAAUUCAAAAAAUCAAUUGUUUUUUAUGUAUGUAUUUUUUUUUCAUAUAAUAUGUACAGUAUCAAAAUAUAGCUAAAAUCAUUAUCAAAUAAGAAUACAGGAAUGACUAAUCUGUUUGCCGAGUUCCCGCCAAAAUUUUUAAAUAAAAUUUCGUUCAAAAAUGGUCCCCCUUGAUACGUAGCAGUGCUCAAACUCAUAUUUUUCGGGCAUACUAAUGAUCAUCAUUUGUAAUGAUUUAUUAUAUUUACGUAAACACUUACACAUUGAAUAAAACUAUUUUUAACCAACUUCAAUAAAACGAGCAGGUUCUCAAUUCGAUUUUUUUUUAUGCGACCGUGGCCGAAAUUGAGUGUUGAGGACAUUAUUAUUAUAUUUUACGUGAUUGGUUUCUCGGAAACGAUUUGGAUGAAAUUUUAUAUUCAUACAAUGUUUUAGUUUUGUAAGUUUAUCUAGAUAGUUAACGCCGAGCAAUGUCUGGUCGCCCAGGUACUAUAUUUAAAUGCUGUUAGUUUAGGGAUGGCACUUUCUUUUCAAACCGACUUAAAAUGAAGAGGUUCUAAAAGAAUCGACGCGUAUAUUUUUAUGUUGACCGUUUUCUCGGAAAUUGCUGAACAUAAUUGUAAAAACUAAAUACGCUAUGCCUCACGGAUAGUUCCAUUUGAAUUUGAAUUUGAAUUUUUUUUUAUAUAGAAUAAGGGUGAAAAACGAGCACACAGUCCACCUGAUGGUAAGUGAUUGCUGUGGCCCAUUGACAUCUACAUCUAUCUUCGUUUGCGAAUUAAAAUGCAGAUGCGUUGUCAGCCGUGUGGACUAAGAUAGAAUGCCUCUUUUCCAGUAAAAAGGGUCUCCGGUUCUCUACACUCACCAUACGAAACAUAGUAAGCUGCUAUUUUACGCUGGUAUUUUGUGAGAGCGUGGUCCUUCCCCGGUCGAGCCGACCCAUUCAUGCUACAACUAUCUAUUAAUAUAGCUGCAGUAUGGCUCUACCACGCAUAACACGACGUAUAACGAAUUUGAAGAAAAAAUUCCACCCCUGGGAUGAGAAAAAAGGGAAUGAAUUUUUUUUGUCAGAACUUACUGUAUAGGUUAGGUAGAUAUAUAGUGUAAUUAAAACUUUUUAAUUUAUGAUAUAAAGAUAUUUAUAAUUUUAAGUAUGGAUUACUACUAAACUUGUUUCAAUAUUGCGGAAAAAAUGGUGUAGGAAAUGGAAUUAUAAUAUUGUUCUUAAACGAAAUAAUUUAUGUUACUGAUAUGUAUUUUGUAAACAUAGAUAGGAAUGGACAUUGUAAUAAAAUAAAAACUGGCCCUGAUUUGAAAAGAGAAGUUGCAUGUUUUUUAAAUUUUUUUUUUGAAAGUUUACUAAAAAUUAUUAGAAAUCAUUAAAAAAAAUUGAUUUUUCUUUGAAUGGUGAAAUGGUUAAACAUUCAUGUUUACGUUGUAUUUAAAAAAAUAGUAUUGCAUAAUACAGGUAAUAUGUUUUGAAAUAUUUAUUUGACGUAAAAAAAAAAUAAAAGUAAAUUCAAAAGUAUAGCAUGAUUGCGAUUGGCUCACAGCCUCAGCGGAUAUAAUGACGUCACAACCAAUCACAAGUAGUUUUUUCAUUCAAAGAAUUAACUAUUUUUUAUUAAUUAUUACUACAAAAUGGAAUUGUUAUUAAAAAAAUAUUUAAAUAUACUUGAAAUGAAUUAUUCUUUCAUAUAUAUAUAAGAGUUUGUGGCAAAAAAAUUUAAUGCAAGUUCUCUAUUUCGAUUUCGAAUGUGUGAUUAUGUUUGUAUUUAUUUCAAUUAAUAAUUAUGUUGUAAUUACUUACAAAAGUGCAUGAUGUUGAUAAAUACAUGAUU